CAAGCAGCACCAUGCCGGGCGUCAAUGCGAUCAAGCUCUUGACGGGCAACAGCCAUCCCGAGCUGGCGCAGAUGGUCGCAGAUAGACUGGGCAUUGCCGUGACGCCGUGCGUGUGCAAGAAGUUUGCCGACCAGUCCAUCGACGUUCGCAUUGGCGCCUCGGUCCGUGACGAGGAUGUCUUUGUGCUCCAGACGGGCAACUCGCCCUACGUGGACCCCAACGAUUCGCUCAUGGAGCUUCUCAUCAUUCUAUCGGCCUGCAAGACGGCCUCGGCGCGGCGAAUCACGGCCGUCAUCCCUUCGUUUCCCUACUCGCGCCACGACAAAAAGGACAAGAGCCGGGCGCCCAUCACGGCCAAGCUCGUGGCCAACAUGAUCACAGUUGCCGGUGCCGACCACGUCAUCACCAUGGACCUGCACGCGAGCCAGAUCCAGGGCUUCUUUGAUAUUCCCGUCGACAAUCUGACGAGUGAGCCGAGCGUGGCGCGGUGGAUUCGGACAAGGGUGCACAACUACUCGGACGCCAUCAUUGUCAGCCCAGACGCCGGUGGUGCCAAGCGGGCGACGUCGCUGGCCGACCUGCUCGGCAUCGACUUUGCCCUCAUCAACCGGAAUCGGAAACGGGAACAGAACAAGCGCAUCCGUGCCGCACAGAGGGAGCAGGCGGGUCUCAGCACCCAGUCGUCCUUCAGCGACCUGCAGUCGGGCCUCACGACACCCAACCCAAGCAACCUGCUGGUCGAAAAGGCCGCGCUGCAGAAGUCUCGCUCAGCCAGCGGUGGCAGCAGCAGCGGUAGCAGCGGUGACAGCGGCAUUGGUGGUGGUGGUGGCAACGGCAACGGUGGUGGUGAUCAACGCCGGAUAGCUAGCCAGGACCAGCUCCGGUCCGUCAACGACCAGCUGGAUGACUUGUCGCUGCACCAGCAAAAGACAUCGGCCGAUGAGACGCCCAAGCUGGGACAUGCCCAUGCUCAUGGCCUGGCCAAUGGCAGGCUCGAGCCUGCCUUUUCGUCGCGAGAUUCCUCGCCGAGCGCCGUCAAGCAGACGCUGGCCAACGGCGUCCUCGUCGACGAGCGAGGGCACUGGAUGACGAUUGACGAAAACGGACACCGGGUCGUCUCGGGCGGGCUCAAGCAGCCCGAGUCGUCCCACCCUCAGAUUUCGUUGCAGAGCCAGGAUCUGUCGAUGAGCACCUCGAGCUUGGGCAGUGUCAACAUGGGCGAGGGAGCAGCAGACGAUGGCGAGGAGACAAAAAUGGAGAUUCUCGUCGGCGAUGUGCGGGGCAAGACUGCCAUUCUCAUCGACGACAUGGUCGACACGGGCCGGACACUGGCUCUGGCUGCAAAGACGCUCAAGGAUGCCGGUGCCAAGGAGGUGUACGCCCACAUCAGCCACGGCCUGCUGAGCGGCAAGGCGACGGACCUGCUGGCCAUGCUCGAUCUCGAGCGUCUCGUCGUGACAAACACGAUCCCCAGCCUAGAGAAGGCCAGGGCCUCGAAGGGCAAGCUCGAGAUCAUGGACGUGAGCGCAGUCAUCGCAGAGAGCAUCCGACGGACACACAACGGAGAGAGCAUCUCGCUCCUGUUCCAAGAAGACGCUGCCCUGCUCUUUUAGGGACUUUUUUGCACUCUCUCACACACACUCUUAGGUGCUUGAUGUAUGUAUAUGCGAAACGAUACAGCUGUCGUCGCAAUUUGCUCGUCGUUCAAUAGCCAAUUAUCUACUUUUUCCCCUUGCC